AAUGCUCAUCAUGAUGCCUGAUGAUAGAAGCCAAUUUAGAGGUGGGGCACGUGCUGUGUCCGUUGGGGGCACGAGACCUUCAAUUAAACGGCUUUCACAAGCCAUAAAUGACGCGAUUUGCUCCAUUAAUUAGACGACAGAGAAGUUGCGGUAGUGGGGUUAUAAAUUAAGCGGUUAUGUUUACGCGCAGCUCAGACUGACAGAAAUAAUGGAUAAGGACAGAGCUCUGAUCAUCUGCUCGCUGAGCGCUAUACUGUACUCCACAAUUGUGGGGUCCGCACCUGCCCCAGCGGAUGUAGACUGCAGUAGGCGGCAGGAUUUCAAUGCCGUCAGGGGCUGCUGCACCAUUCCCACCUUCCACUUUAAGGCCUUUCAGAAGCAGUGCGGCAGGUACAUGCCCGAGAGUGGACCCCGAGUGUCACCCUGCCUCUACGACUGCAUCUUCAAUGCGACUGGAGUCCUAACUGGAUCGGAGGUGGAUGCGGAAAAUGCCCGCAGUAUGCUGAAGCGAUUGCUGGGCAACAAUCAGGACUUCGUGGACGUCUACUUGGACGGAAUGUUGCAGUGUCCCGGGGCUGUGGAUGCAAUGCUGAGGUCCAAAAGACCCCGUCCGAUGCCCGGUGUGGAGCAGUGCUCCCCAGUGCCCCUCUACUAUGGGAUCUGUACUACGAAACACAUGUUCAACUAUUGUCCCUCGUCCAGCUGGUCCGACACGGAGCUGUGCGAGACGGCUCGUCUCCAGAACCUCCACUGCCCAACCAUGCGUGCAUCACGUGGUGGUGGUCCCAGACCCAUUUGAAUAAAAGAAUAAUAAUCGUAAAUGAGCACCCCAUUCUCUUGAUGGAUGAACAGUAAAUGGACCAAGUCGAAUGCCAUUCGGGCAUCCGGUUGGGAUUGUAUAUAUGGGAUAUCUGGUGCUGUCCGGUUACCAGAAGGUGCCUGAAAUGCCACACCAGCUUGCUUUGAUACUGAUCUCG